GAUAAUUUUUCCUUCCUCUCCUUCUUUCCUCCUACUCCUUAUGCUUACUUAUUUUUCUUCUUUUUAAAUCUCAUAAGGUUUAUUAUUAUAUUAUAAUAAUAUAAUCUCUAACAGAGAAGUAAAUAAAAUAUCAUCACUAAAUAAAUUAUUAGUUACUUUUACAUUGGAUCAUUAUAUAUAGACUCUAGUUUUAUAAGAAAAGAAAGAAAAAAAGCUGCAAAAUGUCUUUCCUCCGUUUCUGCUGAAAUUGUGUAAUUAAAGAAAAUGUAAAAUUCACCUAGUAGCUUGAAGCCUAGAACAAUAACGAAGCCUAACAACCAGUGAUCCUUUUUUAACGUAAGCCAGAACGAAGCGGAAGACUGUAGAAAUUACGUAGGAAGGGAGGGAAGAAAAGAAAAAGAAAGAGUAUAGGAAAUGAAUGUCUCAAUUGUUAUUACUACGUUAUUCUUUCGUUUUGCCUCGAUCACAGAAUAUUUAGUUUAAUAAUUUACCUUGUAUUCUAGUAUAAUAAUUUCUAAAGGCUGAAGUUUCCGGAGGAUGGUCAAAUCAACAAGCCCACAAAUCGUGAAAACCGAAGAAGAUUCAAAAGCUAUAAGACCCACUACCACCAAACUUUCAUAAUUUUAAAUACCCAACUGCUCUCUGAAGUGAUCACCACCACACAAACUUGCUUCUCCUUCUCGUCCGGCUGCCGGAAUUAUGGUGGUGGUGGUGGUGGACCGAUCAUCAAUAGAAGAAGCACGAUCUCGGCCGUUGCUUGAUUCAGUUAUGGCGCCAGAGAAUCCGAGGGAUGAUUCUUUAUCGGAGAUGAUGAACCGCCGGGAAACCGACGCCGGCGCUGUCUUUGUGUUGGAGUCCAAAGGGGAAUGGUGGCAUGCCGGAUUUCAUCUGGUGACGGCGAUUGUGGGCCCCACGAUUCUGACGCUGCCUUACGCCUUCCGGGGGCUAGGGUGGGGCCUGGGGUUCUUCUCGUUAACGGUGAUGGGGAUAGCCUCUUUCUAUGCUUACUAUCUUAUGUCCUUGGUGCUCGACCACUGUGAGAAGUCUGGACGCCGCCACAUACGAUUCCGGGAGCUGGCUGCUGACGUCUUAGGAUCUGGAUGGAUGUUUUAUUUUGUGAUAUUCAUUCAGACAGCAAUCAACACUGGUAUUAGCAUAGGAGCUAUCCUGCUUGCAGGAGAAUGCCUCCAGAUCAUGUACUCAGAUCUCUCUCCAAAUGGUUCAUUGAAAUUGUACGACUUCAUAGCAAUGGUAACGGCCGUGAUGAUUGUUCUAUCUCAACUUCCAACUUUUCACUCCCUCAGACAUCUCAAUCUUGGUUCGCUUGUUCUCAGUUUGGGCUACACAUUUCUUGUUGUUGGUGCCUGUAUACAUGCAGGUACUUCCAAGAAUGCACCUCCUAGAGACUACUCCUUACAAGGUUCAACAUUAUCAAAGAGUUUGAAUGGCUUCACCUCUAUAUCAAUUAUGGCUUCCAUUUAUGGAAAUGGGAUACUACCUGAAAUACAGGCUACUCUAGCUCCUCCAGCUACUGGAAAGGUAUUCAAAGGCCUAUUAAUGUGCUAUGCUGUGAUCUGCGUAACAUUUUACUCUGCUGCUGUUUCGGGAUACUGGGUUUUCGGGAAUAAAGCAAAUUCAAACAUUCUCAAGAGCUUAAUGCCAGAUGAAGGACCUGCCUUGGCCCCCACGUGGGUACUGGGUCUUUCAGUCAUAUUCAUUCUCCUCCAACUCUUUGCCAUUGGUCUGUUGUAUUCUCAAGUAGCAUAUGAGAUCAUGGAGAAGAAAUCGGCCGAUGUGAACCAGGGGAUAUUCUCCAAGAGAAACCUCAUCCCUAGGAUCAUUCUUCGGUCGCUCUACAUGGUGUUUUGUGGCUUCAUUGCUGCUAUGUUGCCAUUCUUCGGGGACAUCAGUGGAGUUGUGGGUGCCAUUGGAUUCAUCCCGCUGGACUUCAUACUGCCAAUGCUCCUAUACAAUAUGACUUACAAGCCCGCAAGAACAUCCCCCAGUUUCUGGAUCAACAAUGCCAUUAUCAUCAUCUUCACAGGCGUAGGACUUGUGGGCUCAUUUGCUUCGAUCAGGAAGUUGGUUCUUGAUGCUUCGAAGUUCAAGCUUUUUAGCAGUGAUGUGGUCGAUUGAUUUUGAAAUUCCUAAUAUCCUACUGUUAAAAAUACUGUACCACUUGUAUCCUUUUCUCUAAGGGUUGUACACAGAAAGAUCACAAGUAUACAGAAAACACAAAUAUGCAUGACAGAUGAGUCAUAAGUCCCAAGCGAUGGGUGCUUAAUUUAGCAAAUCAUUCAAUACAAAUUUGUAGUUUGCUAACACUAUUAAUUCCAUUACGCGGGAUCUUAUCAUAGAUCAUAUGUCCUUGUCGUGUUCUAUUAUUCUUCAAUCUUUUAAUAUAAUGCAUACUGAUACUGAUACAAUGACA